AUGACACACAUGAUGAAAGACCAGAUUGUUAAGUUCUCGAUGGAGGAAAUCCAAUCCAACGAAUUCCGUAGCUCCCACACACUCCUUGGUCGGGUCAUCACUGAAAACAGGAUGACGACAAUAGAUUUACGAGAAGCCGUGGCCCGUAAACACUACUUGGCAGGGGAAGGGGCGAAUCAGGGUUUUCGAGGCAAGACAUGGUCUCUUUGA